AUGAAACCAGCACCUAGUGGAUCUUCUAGAAAAGCAAAGAAGCCAUAUUAUUUGAAUGAAUAUUUACAAUUUCUUUUGCCAUAUGUAAAACCCAACACUGAUAUAACUAAUCCGGGAAAUCUUCCUUCUCCGACCUCAGAUAAUGAAAUUACAUUUGAAAAUAAUGAACAAAGCGAUACUGAAGUCCAAGAUGAAGAUAUUGUAGAACAAGAAGAAUAUUUGACCGAGAAAAUUAUAAACAUUGAAAAACCAAACAAUGAAAAAGGUCGUCUUCCUCUUGUACAGGAACGUAACCAAGGAAAUGGUAACAAAAAGAAACGAAAAUUAGAUGUUAGCGAAGUAGACCAGUCCUUUAUUGAUUUCGUGAAUAUGAAGAAGGAAAAGUCCUGUGAAACUGAUCCAAGAAAGAUGUUUCUUCUUAGUUUGUUACCAGAUAUUAAGAACAUGACUGAUCAACAAAUGAGAAUAUUUAAAAAAAAAGUAUUGGAUUUGGUCGAUGACAUUUUAACUGAAAAUCCGACUCCUCAAAAUCAAUUACCAAUAACCAAGUUCAAUCCAUCUCGUCCUCCGACUACAUCUUCAACUUUCUCAAGUUCAUCAUUAUAUUCUUAUAACCACUCAAAUAGUUUCACGCCAAUCCAUUCUCCUGAAGAAUCAUAUGUGGCAGCUGAAGUUAGCAACCAGAACGAAAAUAAACCUGCUACUACUAAGCCUCGGACAGAUCUUUUGGAAAAUAAAAAUGGAACUAAGCCUGGAAAACCUGGAGUAUUUCGAUUUGGAACAUGGAACAUUAGAUCUUUAUAUAAACCUGGGGCACUAAAAUGUAUCACUAGUAUAGUCAAGAAAUAUUAUGUAGAUUUAGUUGCCCUCCAAGAAGUGAGAUGGCCAGGAUCUGGACAUCUAAAAUCAGAUAACAUGAUAAUAUUUUAUAGUGGAAGCAGUAAUGGAAGACACGAACACGGAGUGGGUUUUAUUGUAAAAGAGUCCCUAGUAAAACUAAUAAAGAAAUUCGAAGCAGUUGAUGACCGAUUAUGCUAUAUAAUAAUUGAAGGGAAAACCUCUAAUAUAGCAAUAAUCAACUGUUAUGCACCAACUGAAACAGCAGAUAAUGAUUAUAAAGACUCUUUCUACGAUAAGCUAGAAAGAGUAUACGACAUGAUACCCAGAAGCUACAUAAGAAUUCUAGUUGGAGACCAAAACGCUCAAGUAGGGCGUGAGCAUGCUUUUAGACACACUAUAGGAAAAGAAAGUAUGCAUAGUGAAAGCAAUAAUAACGGACUAAGGUUAAUCAGCUUUGCCUCAACCAAAGGAUUAGUUAUAAGUAGUACCCAGUUUCAACGUAAAGAAAUUUACAAACAAACUUGGGUAUCUCCAGAUGGAAGAACUAAAAGUCAAAUCGAUCAUAUACUUAUAGAUAAGAGAUACAGAUCUAGUGUUAGACAAGUUAGAAGUUAUAGAGGAGCUGAUGGAGACACAGAUCACUACCUGGUCAUAUCAUCAUUUAGAACCAAACUGGCUAAUAGUUGGAAGCAGAAAAAACUAAAAGGUAGAACCCGCCUGGAAAUAGAAAACACAAAGGAUCGAGAGAAAGUGAAAUCAUACCGAGGAAUUCUAAAUAAUGAACUAAUGAAAACAUCCCAAAAUACAGAGCAAAACCUUGAAGAAACUUGGAACAUAGUUAAAGAUUCAAUAAACAAAUCAGCUGAAGUAUUUAAAAAAGAAAACACAUUCAACGGUAAGAAUUCAUGGUUUAAUGAACGGUGUAAGGAAGCCAUAGAAAGACGCGCAGAAGCAAGAUUAAAAAGGAUACAAGACCCUUCUCCUGACAAUAUAGCAGAAUUUAUUAAAAACAAAAAAGCUGCAAGCAAAAUCUUGAGACAGGAAAAAAGAAAAGCGGAAAAAGGACUUAUUCAAAAAUAG